UGCAAAGUGAAUAAAAUUCUUAAAGAACAGCUGUUCAUAGAAUUAUUUUUGAGUAAACAAAAGCAUUAAAAUUAUUUUUUUCCAUCCAAAUGUGAAAUUAAAAGGCUUAAAAAUGCGAAUCUACUCAAAAUUAGUGUUGUUUGUAUUCUUAGUGCUAUUUAUUUAUUUUUUAUUUUAUUUCAACGACAAUUUAAUUACCAAAAGUGAAACUGAACAAAAACUUCAACAAAAAUCGCAAGACAUGUUCAUAAAUGUUGCAGUUGUUGUCUGCGGCACCGAACGAGUCGAUGAAUCUCUAGUCAUGAUGAAAUCAGCUCUCCUAUUUAGCACCAAAAAUACGUCAAUUAAUUUCGUUAUUGUCACGGAACCAAAACUUAAAGAACUUUUUGAAGCAAAAAUUGAAAAUUUAAAAGAUUUUGCAAAGUUUUCAUUUGAAAUUUUUGAUCUGAAAUUUCCGGACGAUGACAAAGAGACGUGGUUGAAGCUAUUCAAGCCCUGCGCGUCACAACGACUGUUUCUGCCUUCUCUACUACCUCAUCUUGACUCAUUAAUUUAUGUUGACUGUGACGUCAUUUUUCUCUCAUCACCCGACCUCGCCUAUCUACAUUUUAAGUCAUUUGAACACUCACAAAUCUCAGCGAUGGCUUCAGAAAGUGAAAACUUUAAUACCGGAUGGUACACGAGAUUUGCUCGACAUCCAUUUUACCAACCUUUUGGAGUCAAUUCGGGUGUGAUGCUAAUGAAUCUUACAAGAAUGAGAAAUGUCAAUUUUGAGGGGAAAAUUCAACCAAUUUACCAAAAAUAUAAGAAUAAGCUUGCAUGGGGUGAUCAAGACAUCCUCAACAUUUAUUUUAAUGAACAUCCACAUGAGAUGCAUCUGAUGAAAUGCGAAUAUAACUACAGACCUGAUCACUGUAUGUAUACAUCACAAUGUGAUGUUUCUAGUGGUGUUAAGAUUAUGCAUGGGAAUCGCGGAUACUUUCAUAAAGAAGGGAAGCAGAGGAUUUUUAGGGAAUUUUACAAGGCUAUUGAGGAGUAUAAACCACCAGACAACCCAUGCAGUCACAUUGUAAAAGCAAUCGAAGAGCAAGUAAUAGUUUCUGACACAUCGAAUUGUAACGAAUUAAUCGACGAAUUUUUAUAUAAUCCAAAGAAUCUAUUUUGUAAAAAUGAAAUUGAAAACCAAAAUGAAAUUUUUUUACGAGAGGCUGAGUGAGAAACUCUAUUUUAUGUGACAAAUUACCGAAAUUUUUUAACUUUGUGAAGGCUUUUUUUAGUUUUUUAGUAGCAACGAAUAGUAUUUUGAUGAUUUAGGUUAAGUUUUGAUCAUUUUCGUUUAGUUAAGUUAUUUAUAAGGAUUUUAUUGGUUUUGAAUUCGGAAACUGAUGGCUUAAGUUGAUACAAAGAAGAGAUAAUUGAUGGAUAGGAAAGUAUUCUGCGCUUAAAAUAUUUUAAAGAAGAGCUUAAAGUCGACAUUUUAUAUGAUUUUGAGUCUACUUGACUUGAUAUUUCCAUUGAUGAGUCGACGUCAAGCUCUGCAUGCAAGCCAAAGGUAUAAAUACGUAAAAGUCGUGAAAGAAAUUUAAGGGUUGGACAGCUGAUGCUGAAACCUAAUAAUUGAAAGAAGCUCAACACUGAAGAACCAUUUACCAAAAAAAAAAAAAUUAAAUAACCUCAAAAAUAAAUUUUACAAGUUGAAAAAAAUUAUAAUUUAACAAUUCAAGACAAAGUUUUUAAGACAAUAAAGAAACAAUUUUUGGAUAAUUUUUUUAUUCCAAUACAUACAAUUGUUUUAAGUUCGCGUUAGUUCAUUUUUAAAUAUCUUACAAUGUUUAAGGGACCAUAACCUACUUCUAAUAGUCAAUAAAUCAUUUAAAUUAGAGGAAUCAGAAGAAACUGGUAAACAUGAUAGAGGGUCGUUCACAUAUGACGUCUGAAAUUAAUGGUCACUUUUCAAAAAAAGAUCAAUGAAUUUUUAGGUAUUUCUAUUGUUUUUUUGCAGACCCCCUUCUCUGGACGUUAUUAGUGAACGUCCCCUAAGGUAAGCAGUAAUAUGUCGUUAAAGGGGGUUUAUGGAUCCAAUGAGUAAAUGUUGAAAUCCAAACAUACCUAAUCCUAAAUACUUUUCUGUGUCCUACAAGAAUCUUGCAAUUGAUAUAAUUCUUAGCGCAGAUCUAGCUCUCUUUGUCAAUUAGAGUUGAUAUCAUGGUUUUAAGUUGACGACCUUCAAAAACAUAAAUUUCCAUAAACUUGAUCAUAAUUUUUAGGACUUCCAGCUAUAAAUAAUGGUAAAUCGAGAUGAAAUCGAAAUUAGCAGAGCUUUUUUAACAUGAAAUUUCUCGUCUUUCUUUGGUUGGAGCUGGAAUUGAAGGUGCUAAAUAGAUUUUUAGAGCCUAAUCCGAAACGAA